AUGUCAGUAAACACACCUUCAGAAGCUCAUAACGGUGCCGAAGAGAAUGAUGAUACGUUGAUCGAGGUCAUCAUGGCUGUUGACAUGACGCCACGUGGUACGGUUGGAUGUUGUUACUACGUCGCAAGAGAUGAAAAGCUUUACUUCAUGGAGGACAUACAGUGUGGUGACGUGAAUGUCGUCGACUCCUUGAGAACGUUUAUAGAGCCUACAGUGAUCCUGGUAUCAACGAAGAUUGACGACAAGGUGAUUGACCGCUUCGACCCGGAGGCUAGGAGCGCCGAUUGCACAAGUAGUGAAAACGACCAAUUUCGUCUUCCGUUUCUCUUGGAGGUGAGACCACCCAAUGAGUUCUCCUACGACACUGCAAAGAGCAAGCUUGCCAGUCUUCGCUUCGACUUGGAGAGUGGCACUCGCGCCAGCUUCAAUAUUCCAGGAGAGCUUGCGUCCAUGGACCACCUGAAUGAACAGGGGGCGGUAGGCCAACAAGGUCAACUGCUUCGUCUUGCAGGACGCAUAGACCUUGAAAGCCGUUUGACGGUUGGCUGCGCUGGGGCACUCGUAUCAUAUCUUCAACGCCGACGCGCUGCUGCAUACCUUCCCGGUGAUCGAGCAACAUCCCUGAUGUUUCGGAUCGUGACAUUGGAAAUGUUCAGUCUUCGAGAGACUAUGUUCAUCAAUGCAGACACACUUCACUCUUUACAGAUCAUGGGUGCCGAAUCGCAUCCGCAUUUUCACAAUAAAGGGCCAACAAAAGCUAGUUCGGGCGAAAAGGAAAGCCUCUCCGUAUACGGACUGUUUCACCAUCUAGCGCGAACACCGCAAGGAAGGUUCCUGCUUCGGCAGCAGUUCCUUCGUCCUAGCCUCAAUAUCGAUGCCAUCAAUGAAAGGCUGAGCGCCCUGGGGGUGUUUACUCGCCCGGAUAAUGAUUCCGCGCUACAGACGCUUGUACAAAAUUUGAAGGACGUUGGCAACAUGCGUGUCAUGAUGCUCAACUUGAGGAAGGGCGUAGGUGGCUCGAAGAACGGAGCUGGAGGCUUUGCUAAGAGUAUAUGGACGUCCAUCAGAGCGUUCGCAUUCCAUGCGCUCAAGAUCAAGGACACAUUACAGGAGGUCCUCGGUGGGGAGACUUUGGUGAUCAGGAACAAGGUGUUAGAGGAAUUCGAAGGCUACCAUCUGGCUCAGAUCGGAAGGAAAAUCAGCGAAACUAUCGACUUGAACAGCUCGGCAGAAGAAGGUCGAACCGUCAUCAUGCCAGGGAUCGAUGAGGAGCUGGACCAGAUGAAGCAGACCCUGGAUAGUCUUGACGACUUCCUCAACCGAGUUGCGCGGAAGCUGUCCGAGAAGAUGCCUUCCGAUAUCCAGGCAACCCUGAAUGUCAUCUACUUUCCACAGAUCGGGUUUCUCUGCACUACUCCUGUCGAUGAAGCAACCGGAGAUGCUGUUUAUGAUGGCACUUUUGACAGUCCUUGGGAAAGAAUGUUUGCCACUGAAGAGCAAAUCUAUUUCAAGAAUAGCGAAACACGAGAGAUGGAUGAUCACUUCGGUGACGUGUACGGUAUCAUCUCGGAUCGCGAAAUCGAGAUUAGUCAUGAGCUCGCACAGUACUUGCUGCAAUAUGAAAGGCUGCUGACAUCUUGUUCGGAUAUUUGUGGGGAGCUUGAUAGUCUUUUGGCUUUAGCACAAGGCGCGAAGAUCCACAAACUUUGUCGCCCUCGCAUGACAUACGACAAUGUUGUACGGAUCGAAGGGGGCCGUCAUAUCCUGCAAGAGCUUACCGUAUCGUCCUUUGUUGCGAACGAUACAAUUCUAAGAGGUGGCGAGGGGGAUGAAACAGUUGAAGAAGACGUCGAUCAGAGCUACAGCACCGGAGCUCAACUACUUACCAGCUCUGCGACCCGCCACACAUACGCGCUCAAGGACAGCCCAAGCAUGCUCGUUCUGACUGGACCCAAUUACUCAGGGAAAAGCGUUUACCUCAAACAGGUUGCUCUCAUCGUAUAUAUGGCGCAUGUCGGAAGCUUUGUUCCCGUGGAUAGCGCAAUGAUCGGGCUAACAGACAAGAUUCUUUCCAGAGUUACGACGCGCGAAACAGUAUCUCGUAUCCAGAGCGCCUUCAUGAUAGAUCUACAGCAAAUCUCACUUGCGCUUAGUUUAGCUACGCGCCGAAGCUUGCUCAUCAUAGAUGAGUUCGGCAAAGGGACUGAGUCUAGUGAUGGAGCCGGUUUGGCAUGCGCAGUCAUGGAGCACUUGUUGAGCUUAGGGUGCGAGCGACCUAAGGUCAUCGGUGCUACGCAUUUCCAUGAAAUCUUCGAAAUGGGUUUGCUCAAACCUAGGCCUGCUCUUGCAUUCGGGUAUAUGGAAGUGCGUAUUGAUGCCGACGCUUUGGAAGUCAGUGAUCAGAUAACGUACCUUUACAACUUGCGCAAAGGUCGAAGUACCUCGAGCUUCGGAACGUGCUGUGCUGCCAUGAACGGCGUUCCUCCGGAGAUUAUCCAACGCGCAGAGAAUCUCAUACUGCUCUCUGCGCGGGGUGGGGACCUUGUAGCAGCAUGCUGUCAGAUACCAGAAGACGAAGCUGCGGAACUUGAAGAAGCAGAGCAAGUGGCGAGAGAAUUCCUCGAAGCAGAUGUCUACCGAGACCCAAAGACUACGUUGGCGAAUAUACUGACCAUCUCCACGACCACAAACUCGCCCAGUUAG